CGAGACUAAAAGGAAUCGAUCUUCUCUUCCCGCCACCAUCGCCAUGUCCCAUCAUCAGGAAGAUACGCAAAUGAAGGCUCCUCGACUGCCGAAUGAAUGCCUCUGCAUAAUUGUCAGCCAUCUCCAGAACGAUCUUGGGGCACUACAUAGUUUACUCCUGGUCAACCGCUUUUUCUUUAAUGCCGCGAUACCGCUAAUUCUGGAUAAUCCGCUCGUGAAAUGGCAGACAGGUCGCCGUAAUGCCUCUCGUACACUGAAAUCUGAGAGAUUGGUUGCUCUCCUGCUUGCAUCCCUCCUCUAUCACCACCAACAACCAAGCAAAGGCCCCACAGAGAUCCUAGACGAAUUCGGAUUGCGACUGAACAAGGAUCUCUCUGCUUUCCCGCUCCUCGAAGAGGUACUGCAGGACCGCAGCGCUCACUCCGACAAUGGUCAACCAAGGAUGACGCUGGAUUAUUCAGCACUGCUCACUACCGUACGGCCCGACGAUUGGCCUGUUAUUCAGUUCAGGAAAUUCAUCCGUCUGAAGCAACUUCCAGAAUCAAUGCUGCAGGAUCGGCUUCCGGGUUCCUAUAGCCAAAGUAAUGGCAACUCAGACGAGGAGAUGCACUCGAUCAGGGAUCAAACUAAUCAGGAUUACCGAGAAGAGAUAGAACGUUCUAUCGCUAGGAUGAUGCUCCAGUUCAAUGCUGAAUACAUCAAAGAGGUUCUAUUCGAUGUUACCGUAGCCAAGGACACUUUUCUUCCACUGGCAGACCGUAUGGCGAGUCUACGGACAAUGUAUAUCAUCCGAAACACUACCCUCCCAGACGACCAGCUGCAACCGACAAUCGCCUUCAUUCACCGCAAUCAAUCCACAUUUCCUUCUAAACCACUGCUGAAACUGGACCUUGAAUCCGGCUGGUCUAAUUACGCUUUGUACCCUUCCGCCCCCGCCCUGGAUGGAGAGUCCGAAGUGCAGAGAGUGAAGCGCAUACGGGAGUCGAUGUGGUCGUUCGCGAAACCAAAGCUACAGCUUUACGAGGCUGUGGGGCAUCCCAGCAUGAUGCGGAAAUACCGUAUACCGGGAUUCUACUCCAGGAUUGCGCAGUACAAGAUUGGAUUAGAUCGACUACAGAUUUUCUCCGACUCUGAUGAGGAUCAGCUUGACAGUGACGAUGAGGAGGUCAUAGCUAUGCAGCGGUUUUUUCAGCAAUGUACAAGUCUCGAAAGAUUGGAUUUCUCCAUCGGCUGUUCCGACGCCUUUGCAUGGGCAGCAAAACAGCAGGAACAGCAACAGGAACAGCAACAUUGGCGUAUCAGGACUAGGUCCGAUCUACUACAUGCACAACCAAUUCUCGGACAACUCAAACGGCUAUCAUUAGACUCGAAUCGAUCCUGCCACUACCUCAUCUAUGCUGCAAAUGAUGCCUUGGUCGCAUUCAGGAACUCUCUGCAGUCCAUUGUUCUGGCUGGGUACGUGGGCUUCGACGCCUCUACUUUGCAGUCACCAGAAUAUAUAGAAUACAGGGAUUCACUUCAAGCAAACCGAUUCGGCGACUUUGAGCACUCCUUGCCGUACUUGACAGAUAUCGAUAUCAACUUGACGACGUUUCCAACCAUCCGACGGAUCGGCUCCUUCUCGCAGUGUCCCGCCCUGCAGUCACUCAGGAUCGAGUUUGGAACGGUCAUAUUUGAACCGCAGAGAAGGCAGACUCGACCCAUAAUACCGUACGAUCCAAACGUUGACUUGGAGCUGUCGUUGUUUCCAAAGUGGAAUCUGCCGCAGCUGAGAUGCCUGAUGCUGCAAGGAGCUGCCGCACUUCGGUUCGAUUAUGAGUCGCUCGAGAGUAUGAUCAGGCUGGAAAAGCUGGUUCUGAAGUGCAAGCUCUGGACGUCCUUGGAUCGAUAUAUCUGGCGCAUUCCGCGACUUUCAGCUCAUCUGGCCAGCCUAAACGCGGAUGCAAAGGACGAUGAUAUCAGUGAUCUGCUGAAGGAGUUCGGAUUCGGCGGCGAUAACGGUAUCUCAGGGCCAGCAGUUGCUAUCCCUAGUGAUAUACAAGGCUCGAAAUGGACAAAGACAUGGACACUUCCUUGCUUGAAGACUUUGGUCCUUGCAGGACCCCAGGUUUGUAUUUUCGAUUUCACCUGGUUGGACGACUCGUCGCUCUUGGAAGAGCUCAACCUCACCUUGGAAGGACCGCCACGGUCGUUGCCUCCGAUUCCUUCGUUGGCACCCAGGUCAACGUCGCCAGGAGAUUCUCCGAUCGACGAAACGUCGACUGAGCGGGAACUCCUAUUGCCAAAACUACGACGACUAUUCCUUCAGCGAUGGAUCAUCUCCUUUGACGAUUUUACACGGUUGUUGUCUGCAGUUGCAGGACCAAAUCUACAAAGUAUUGAUGUUGGAAUCCUUCACCCAAAAAGCACCUUGACAGGACCCCAAUUUGUACAGGCGAUUCAUGCGCUGGAUGCACAAAAAAUCUUUCAGGAGCAGCAGCAGCGGGCAGGCGAAAAAAAGGCUGCGGCAUCUUUACAAUUCAUCUGUGCGGAUGUUGAUAUCACUGAGGAGGAUACGGCGCUAGUUGGACUGACCCCUAUACCAGAGUCAGAAGCUUGGGGUCUAUACCUCGCCCAAUACAAGAAGCGAGUCUAUAGUUUAGCGACUGGAUAUUUUGUCCGAGACGAAGAUGUGAUCAAUGAUGACUACGUGGAAGAGGAAUUGUGAAAAUUCCAAUAAAUAAGAUCACUCUCGG